ACGGAUCCAAAUUGAUAUAACGUAUUGAAAGGGUGUAAUCACAUUUGAAGUCCCGUUCCAAUGUCAACUGAUCCGCCCUCGGUUCCUCAGGUUCUAGAUAUCACACAAUGGAGCGACAGAAAGAAAUUCGACGCAGAAGUACAACACAUAUUGCUACAGUUCGAGAAGCCAAAAGAAUGGGCAGACUUGAUGAAUUGCUUGAUAAAGCUCCAUAAAAGCAUAUUACAGUCUCCAAUAUGUGAAAUUCCACAAAAGGAAAUAAUAUGCAAAAGACUGGCUCAAUGCCUCAAUCCCCAACUUCCCAGUGGUAUCCAUGUCAGAGCUCUCGAGGUUUACAGUUCUAUAUUGCAAAAGGUCGGCCCUGAAGGGCUCGCUCAAAACCUUGCACUAUUUAGUAGCGGUUUGUUCCCCUUUUUUACGUAUAGUUCAUCAUCGGUAAGGCCAAUUUUCCUUAAUAUCAUUGAACAAUUCUACAUACCUCUAGGCAAAAAACUUCUCCCAUGCUUGAUAGGGUUAUUAAUAUGCAUUCUGCCGGGAUUGGAUGAUAAUAAAUCAGAGAGCUACGAACAUGUAUAUAAAGUGCUCGAACAGAUCAGCGACUGCGUUUCCGAAAAAAGUUAUAUGCGAGCAUUGUGGGUAAUUUUGCUCAACGCAAGUAAAAUUCGUAUGUCGACGCUUACAGUGAUUGCCAAUAAACUGGCACCAGGACUCCCAAUGCUACCACCUGAAAGAGUGGAAAUAUUAGUACCGCAUAGGCAUGUACUUGUGAUGAAAAGUCUAGAAGCAACCACAGAAGAUGAAUCACUAUUGGUCUUAAGGGAGAUGAUCAAUAUGCUAAUCAAGCAUUUCCCGAUGGACUCCGAUAUACUAAGUGAUGAGGACAAGUCAGUGUUAUGCAGACAGUGCCUUAAGUUGCUCACAAAGAGAAAUUGGUCCCUUAACAGAAGAUUGUAUCAUUGGAUAUUUAAUGCCACCAAUGACUUUAACACUUCCCCGGAAUCGUUGGAUUUGACAUAUUUCACCAAGUAUACCAAGGAUAAUUUGAUUUCGGCCAUCAAAGACUUGCUGAUGGCCAAGGGUAAGGACCUCGAAGAAGUCUUGAUCCCAAUCAAGAUCAUCGUAACUUUCAUCACUGAUGCAGACCUCAAGGGAGUGACGGAUAAGCUCAUGCCCAAACUAUGUAUACCCAUUUUGAAGUAUAUAUGCAAGGAACACGAAGAAGAGGAAUGGAGAGCAAACAUAGUCGAAAGCACAAGGCUCAUAUUCGACACCAGUCUAACACCAACCAACGUUAUAUUCGAGUCGAUAGUGGAUGAAUAUAAUGCCUGUGCCAGUUCACCGCUUGCAAGCUGUUCCAGUGUUUGGCACGACCUACUAGAACUAAGCAGCGUUUACCUGGAUGAAAUAUGUACUAAACUCUGCCUAGAGGAUGUGCUCUGCGGUCUUUUCAUGUUGGUUAAUAACGCAUUGGACCAUUUGCAUAAACUUAAAAUCGAAAAUGAUCUGGCAGUCAUCGACCAUAUAAUCAUGUAUAUAUCCACUAUAUUCUCAAGAUUGGAAGCUAUCAUAAGGGGUGAAGGAAAUCUUAUGAACUUCGCAGAUACCAUAAAACUUGACGAAGAUGCGGGUAAAAAGAUAAACAUGGUUGUGGAUUACCAAAGCAAGUGUAAUACUUAUAUAUGUCGUUAUUUAGGCAACCUUUACACAGAUUCCCUUACCCAUUUUGAGCAGCAGGCACAUGAACUGUCGGUUUACGAAUAUAAAAUCAUAGAUGCGUUGAAUAAACUGGCUGUGAGAUUUGUUGCCCUAGAUGGAUAUAUGUCAGUGGUUCCUGUAACGAAAGGUUUCAACAAACAUCAGGUAUACACAGAUGCGAUCGAUGGAGCUAAGGAUAUAGUGAAUAGUAAUGUACUUCCAGUCCCGUCAUUGGAUGAAACAACUGAAUGCGAAUCUUACCGGCUUAGGAUGCUGUUUAUAAGUGACCCAGAUUCACGUACCGUAAGUAUUAACGAUGAUGCUUCUGGGACAAAGAAUGACCCUGAAGUCGAAUCGGGAUUCAAAUUGAGUAAAUGGAUGGAAGCCUUACUCAAGUGCACCACGUCCAGCAAUGCGCAGCUGUUCUGCCGAGGGAUAAGGACAUUCAUAGAGCUCCUGAGCUUGUCAAAUAAACGCGACAUGUAUCAUUAUGUAGAAACGAAUGGGGAGCAUGUUCAAUGUAUAAUAGAAAAAUUGUGGAAUUCAUUGGAUGAAACCUAUGCAGCCAGCCAUUCCGAAAUUGUGUUGCUUCUUAUACAAUUCAAUCGCACAAUGCCGCUUUCAAGAGUUGAAGCAGAAAAGAUUAUAAUAAAAGAUCUUACAUCCCUGUCAACCGAUGUCAAAGUUACCGCCAUGCUCAGAUUUGGUGUACUCUGGAGAUAUGGGUAUAUUCACGCCCCCGAAGAAGAGUUGUUCCCCGAGGCUCUAGGAUGUAUCCUGGACAACGUGGAAGAAGCCGAUCCUAAAUUGAGGUAUUAUUCCUGUGCGUUCUUAUCCGAAUCUGUUGCCAUUCUGCCGAAUCUAAUAAAUCCAAUCCUAAGAGCAUUGGUCGCAUUUGAUAAGUUUGACCCUGCUUCAUACAGUUCAUACAUUGUUGACAUUCUGAGGAGAUUUCGCCAUCUGUCGUACAUCGUUAGCCGUGAAGGUCCUAUGCUGCUUGAUUUGAUGCAAAGGUGCCAAGCUCCUCCCCAACUUAUCGAGCUUGUUCAGGGCACAGAUAUUUACGAAACAAUGCUAAGCUCGAUUGCGUCAUCCAAGAAUAUUGAAAGCAGUGAUGAAAAUCUGAAUAAGGUAUCGGUAACAAGCCAGAUGAGAAUGAAAAGUGCCGCCUCGAUGGAUACAAAGCCUAGUGAGCCUUUUGUAGCAUUCCCAGUACUGAAGGAUCCAAAGGGUAUAUCUUAUGAAGAUAUGUGCAUAUAUGAUUAUGUGGAUUUGAUAGUUGUGCUUACACUUAAAUAUAUAUGUCUGGAUGUAGAUGUAUCCUCGCUUCUCAACUUUACGACUUUUGAAGGGUUGCUAGAUUACGCAAACGGAUCAAUGGAGCAACCGAUUAAUUCGAAUCAUGCCUUUCACGAGAAUACAAUGCUAUUUAGAUGUACAGCCAUUGAUUUCAUGAAGCUCUUUCUGUCCACCAUACAACCAACAAGCAGGGCUAAGGAAGUUGCGUGCCUAGUUUCUAGACCUUUACUUUUUGUCCUGUACCAUUUCCACCUAAAGGAUGAAGCUAUUAUCCAAACACAAUUGUUGUACUUGCUCAAGGUUGUAAUGGAUCGUUGCCACGUCGACUCCCAAUCGGUUAGUGAAAUGACUUUAGCAUUGAUAGAUGCUGCCAAAACACUCUCCAAACAGCCUGUUCAACACAAGGUCAUACGUAAUAGGAUCAAUGACGUUGCAACACCCAUAUCAAAGGCACAGGAACUAGAUAUUGACAAUAUGGAUUGUACAGAUAUUGAACGAGAGGAUGUUGCAGCAAGAUUCAUUAUGGGUACGCCAGAAACUAAAAACUGGCAGAAAUACAAAGAACUGCCGGGAGCGUUCAUGCUAUCGCCAGCUGAAGCUACUUCAAUAAGGGACUAUUCUGCUCGUGAUAUUCUGGAUGUUGAACGAAGAGACACGCUGGAUGUAAAAUCAUGUUUACUCUCUAGGAUUUACAUUUUAAAUGUAAUUGCAAUAAAGCGGUGCCAUGUAGGCAAGCUUAAAAAACUAUCAGAGGAGCCAUUCUUUAGUGAAAUAUUGGAAUCGUGUAUACGCAACACAGGGAAGUCAAGUAAACCUCACUUGUUGCAGUCGUACCUGGAUUUCUCGUUAUAUACACUAAAAUACAUUACCGGUGCUGAAUCGAUCAGGUAUUCAGCGGCAUUCAUUUCGCACUUUUGCAAUCAUCUUAACCAAGGUAAAGAAACUACAAAUAUAUCUGCUAUAUCGCAAUAUCUCAAAGCUAUGAUCGUGCUUUUGCGGCAUAUUACAAGUGAAGUGGCUAAUUGCCGAAUAGAUUUGAAAUGCAGUGAUAGAUUCAACUACGAAGGUGAUUUGCCACCAUGUAGCCUAUCGUCAAUUCUUAGUCUAGCGGCUAAUGGUCUUGCAAACCAUGAAACGAAUGACUCCGCAAGGCAGUUGUUCGGUUUUGGUAAUAAGCACAAGUGCACUAGUGCAACAAUAAAGGAUCCAAUAAAACUUGAAAUAUCACAGGUAGUUAAACUGUGCAUCCAAUGUCUACUUUGGGUAAAAACUGAAAACAAUCUGGAUAUAGUUAACAGGACACGUGGGCUGAGUCAUGCAGAUACCGUAAUUACUGAACCUUCCCAGAUGUCUUCCAUCUAUUUUACUGGUGAGACCAAUCCGUCAGAAUCCAUCAGGUUGGAUAUCGUAAUGGCUAUCCAAAAUAUAUACCAUGAAAUUUUAUACGGAUUCAGGUUUCUUUUCGAGCUACUCCCAUAUCACUUUACUGAAGGAUGCUUAAUCCUGUGGGAUGAAGCGGAAAAUACAAGUGCCACCCGAGAAUUGAAAUUGGAAAUGAUACGGUGCUUGAGCGCUGUGCCACAAUUCUCAAGGCACAAGAUGAUAACAUACAUUGUAGACAUGUUGGAACCGUUUGCUAAAUCUUCAAAGUACAAGGUUGUAAAGGGGUACCAACUGCUAAGUGCUAAUGUGAGGGAUAACUCCGUAUGUGAAUUCAUAUAUGCAUUGACAGACGUGCAAUUUACAUCCAAAAAGGAUGUGGAGAGUACUUGGGAGGUUAUAAAGCGAUAUUUGUCUUUUGUUUUGAGCUACCCUAGGCAGCCCAUGGUCUUGCUUUGGGUAUUCCACAUCAUCAUUAACUUUGAUAAAACGCACCCUACGACCAAUGCUAAUGCCAUAGAAAAACUGAUGAAGAAGUGCCUGAGUGAGCUGAUGUAUGCCUUGAUUUAUCAGAGUGUUGGAAUGUAUAUGCACAAGGUUUGCCAGUGGCUGGCACCAGGUCUAUAUGAUUUGGAACCGCCAUUGCCACCACAUGUCUACAUCAUCAACAAGUAUUACCACGAUAGAGUCAAUCCUAAGGAUUCUAUACUGAAUUUAAGUGGAUAUACCACUGGGUUGGGAGCUAUAAAACACAAUCCAGAAGCAAACCCAAUUGAUCGUCAAGAAUGUGCCAGCAUAAACACACUGUCUCAAUUGGUUAUAUUCAGUCACGAAACUGUACAACUAAGUAGGAGAACGGCAGUGGCAAACGUUUUCUUCCAUGUGCUCUGUAACAGUUUGGGUUCGUAUAUUUUGCCAACGUUGCAACAAAAGACGGAGCAGCCACUAGAGCAUCGUUACCUUGUUUUGUUGCUGCUGAGGCACCUGCCGUUCAAGCUGUAUGAAGGAUCACUGCACUGUAUAAAGCGUUCAGUCAUUGAUUUCAUCAAUGCCUCGUACUUCUUCAAAAAUGAUCGCAGAGGAUUGAGAUGUACCGCCAAAAUAUUCAGAUUGGUUGCUGAUGAUGACUGUAGAGGUACUGUGGAUAGACUCAACAAAUUGGAUCAGUACACAUGCCCGCCUCAUAGCUCUGUAUUCACUAGCAAGACAAUCGAUAUACAGUCUCGUAUAAAGUACCUCAAGAGGUUGGCAUUCGUUUUAUACGCAUGCCGCAGUGAUACCUUUGCUAUGCACAUCGCAACCAUCAUAGAGCGACUCACGGAAAAUUUCCGAGCUUAUGAUGAUGAUAAUCUAAGGGCAAAAACGUUUUUGGUUAUGCGCGUAUUGCUAAUCAAAAUGUCACAAAAGCAUUUAACCGUUUUAUGGCCCGUACUUUUGUCUGAACUUAUCAAGGUGUUCGAUAGGGAGAAUAGAGCAUUAUCAAACCAUACCUCUAUAAGUAACCUCAAUGCAAUGGUUAGGAACGAUUCGACUAUUAACGUUCAACACACGAGUGAUACCAAGACAUCGGCUAUCCCAAACAGGUAUAUUCUGCUCAGGGAAGCAUUAAAAAUCAUUGACUUCGCCUACGCUCUCCGAUUAAAUGACUUCUUAAUCUAUCAGUGGAUGUUCAUAAACGAUCGGACAGAUGCCGAAUUUUCGGGAAAACAAGAUGAAGGAGAAAAGGAUACCUUCGAGUUUAUGCCAUUCCUCAUGAUAGUGGAACAAAAGUACCCAGACGAAGUUAAACAAUACCUACGUAGUGAUAUGGACAUUAAAAUGAGGAAGUUAAUGGAUGAGAUGAAUGUUCAAGAUACAGCUUUUGGCAACACAAUAGAACUCGAUAAUGCUCUGACCUCAAUUGGUACACUAAUGACAAAGGAUAAUCACGGGUUGAAUAACACAACGAAUACUCAAGAUUCCUCAGACAAAAGGAAGCUAACGCAAGAACUAAUUGACAUAUCGAUCGAAAACGAACUUCUAGAAACAAACAAAGAUGAAACAGACCUGGAAAUGGAACUCAACAUUUAUCAAAUAUGCAAAAUGUACAGGAAGGUCAUAUAAUAACUAAGU